AUGGCAGGUCUAUCAUUUGACAAUUAUCAAAGAAAUACAUUUCUAACAUCGAAAACCGCCACUCAACAACCAAAGGCUACAUCCACAGGUACCACCAUUGUAGGUUUAAAAUAUCGCGAUGGUGUAGUAAUCGCAGCAGACACAAGGUCCACACAAGGUCCCAUUGUAGCAGACAAGAAUUGUGCCAAACUACACAGAAUUAGUCCUAAAAUAUGGUGUGCUGGUGCAGGUACCGCGGCAGAUACUGAAGCUGUUACUCAAUUAAUUGGAUCCAAUAUUGAAUUACAUUCUUUAUAUACUUCAAGAUCACCUCGUGUUGUCUCUGCGUUACAAAUGUUGAAACAACAUCUUUUCAAAUACCAGGGUCAUAUUGGUGCGUAUUUGAUCGUUGCUGGUGUGGAUCCAACUGGUGCUCAUCUUUUUUCAAUUCAUGCUCAUGGGUCCACUGAUGUUGGAUAUUAUUUAUCAUUAGGAUCAGGGUCUUUAGCAGCUAUGGCUGUUUUGGAAUCUCAAUGGAGACCUGAAUUGAGUAAAGAGGAAGCUAUUGAAUUGGCUUCACAAGCUAUUCAAGCUGGUAUAUGGAAUGAUUUAGGAUCUGGUUCUAAUGUGGAUGUUUGUGUAAUGGAAGUGGGUAAAGAUGCUGAAUAUUUAAGAAAUUACGUUACACCAAAUGUUAGAGAAGCUAAACAACAAAGUUAUAAAUUUGCAAGAGGUACUACUGCUGUGCUUAAGGAAAGUAUCGUAAAUGUUUGUGAAAUUGAAGAAGAAGAGAUAUCAUUAAUUGCGGCUUAA